AAGCCUCAGUGGAUCAGUCUGAAAUUGUGCAGAGUAAAUCUGGGGUUCAGUGAAAGGGAAGCUGACACAUUAGGAUUACCGUUAAUCAUGCAACCUUCAGAAAUAUAUAUCACCACUGAAUAAGGAAUUCUGGUUUCUGUUGUCAUUUACCAAAACUGCAGUCAGGACUUUCACACAACAGGAGUAGUGUGGGGAGAGCUACCAUCCCACAGAGGGGAACACCACUUGGUUGUAGGAAGUUCAGCAGAUGUUCAUUCAGAAGUUAAGAAUAUGAUCAUAAUUCCUCAAACAAAGAAGUGAAGCUAACAAAAGUGCUUUCAUACAAGCAGAAGUGAAAUUGCAUGACCAGUCCCGUGGUAAUGACGUCUGGGAGACCUGGUGAAAAAGGAAGAGUGGGGGUGAGGGCUACCAGAUCAGUAAGAGACACAGUCGUGGCAAGGUAUUCUGACCUGAAAGAAGUAAGACCAAGGCCAGCAGUGUCUAGCAAGAUUCCAGUGCUUGGUGGGAAUUAGCAGCGAUUAUCUGUCAUUUUGCAAAUAUGUCCCAGUGUCCAAAAGGAGGAGCUGUGAUCCAGCAUAAGAUAGUGGAUGGCAGACAUCACUACAAGAUUCGGGAGGUCCUACAGUGCAAGGGCACAAGUUUCCCUUUCAGGAGAGGUGAUCACUUGCUGCAGGUGAAUGAAAAGGAUGUGUCUGAGUUCCCACCCGCGACCGUGGCUGAGCUACUGAGUGAGACAUGCACACUGAUGACUCUUCACCGUCCCAAUAACAAGGCAGAGUCGACUGAGCCUGGGGAUGCUGCUGGUGUGGUGUACUGGCCAUGUAAUAGGCAGAAAGCAGAGCUUCAGUUCAGCCUGGACAUGGUGCCACUGAAGAACUCGGCUACAGCCUACGGCAAUGAUACAAUGCUACCUUCUGAUGCUGCUGGGAGUGACAGGAUCUACUUACAUCCAGAAAUACCUUUCAAAACUCCAAACAUCCCACUGCCAAGCAAUGCCAGAGAGGAAAAUGGAGGGUUGGUGUGCAACAAGGAUGAGGCACGGGCAUUGUUGGUGGCACUCAAUCAUGUCACAGUUUCCAUCGUGCGAGCACGGGGUCCCCAUUGCUCCUCAGGAUCAGUGUGCAUGGUGUGCAAGAAGAAGGAAUGUGAAAUACAUACCGUCAGUGUCAGCUCUGAGGUCAACUCAGGAGUCUAUCAUCUAGAAGAAGAAUUAUCUCCCAAUGAAUGCUGUGGGAUGAUACUGAAAGUAAUGAACAGUGAUUGUCCAUUUCUAAUUCAUAAUGAGCGAGAUCAGUACCUUCGACCUGGCAGCAACCGCAAAAGAAUAGUUCUUAGUCGGCAGAAUUCUGAGUCUGCUCAAAUGACUAUCUUUUAUUACAAGUCCAAUAAGAUCCCAGAGAUACAUUGUGGAAUGCCAGUUGUGCUGAAAUUCUCCAAGACCAGCUGUUUCCUGAUGUGUCAGAGGGAGGGGUCCAAUGUAGUGCUCAGAAUACAGGAAUGUACCUCCGAGUCGCUGAAGUGGAUUCCAGAGGGAAGCCCACAAUGGUGUUUCAUCUUCUACAUGAAGGAACGACAAGAUGGCACUCUCAGCUUUGAGUCAGCACAAUUCCCAGGCUGGUUUAUCAACAACCUGUGGACCCAAAAGAGGGCUGAAAUGAAGCAAACCAUGGAAGAAAAAUUAAAUGCAGAUUUUAUCUUUGUUUUGUUAAAAGUAUGAGAGUUAUCACUGGUGGAUAUAGGAAAUAAAAUAAUAUGAUUUGUUCUAAAAAUGUACCUUUGUGGGCUUAUGAUGAAUAAAUCCAACUGGUGUCCUGGUGUCCAGCUGCAUAUGCCAGUUCAGGGAAUAUCCAGGUAUCUCCAGCUGCCAAAGUCUUUAUAAUCGUUUCUCAAUGUCAACUAUAUUUAAAUGCCUAAUAAAUAAUAUUUAUUAAACACAUUUAAAAUAUUCAUCU